UCAACCAGCACAGCAAUGGCGGCGGUGGCGAGAUGGGCUCUCCUGCUCCUCCUUGGCCUCGCGCUCCUUGCCCCGGCCGCGCUGGCUGCCGAUAACAAGGAAAAAGACAAGGGCAAGGAGAAGGAGAAGGAGAAGGAGAAAGAGAAGGACAAGGACAAGGACAAGUAUCCGCCCCCGCCGUACCAUACCCCGCCACCGCCGCCACAAGUGCCAUCUCCCCCGCCACCGAUCGCUUCAUACCCGCCUCCACCUAUCGUCUCGUCGCCGCCUCCACCCGUCGUCGUCUCGUCCCCACCGCCACCGCUGCCUCCGUCACCCGUGCCAGUGCCGCCUUCGCCGAGCAGCAACGUGGUCUCCUGCGAGAACACCGCGGCGUACCCCACCUGCACAGCUCCGGCGACCUGCCCCAAGAGGUGCAAGCAGUCGUGCCACAUGGACUGCGAGACCUGCAAACCCGUCUGCGAUUGCAACCUGCCAGGGGCGGUGUGCGAGGACCCGCGCUUCAUCGGCGGCGACGGCAACACGUUCUACUUCCACGGGCGCAGGGGCCGGGACUUCUGCCUGCUCUCCGACGCCGACCUCCACAUCAACGCCCACUUCAUCGGCAGCCACGUCCCGGGCGCCGGGAGGGACCCGACCUGGGUACAGGCCAUCGCCGUCCAGUUCUCGGGCCACCGCCUCUACGUCGGGGCGCGCAGGACCGCCGCCUGGGACGACGAGGCCGACCGCCUCGCCAUCGUCUUCGACGGAGCGCCCGUCGAGGUCCAGGGCGUCGCGAACGCCAGGUGGGAGGCGCCGUCGUCGCCCCUGUCUGUGACGCGAACCAAGGCCGCCAACGGGGUCGUGGUGGAGCUCGCCGGGGUGUUCAAGAUCACGGCCAACGCCGUGCCCAUCACCGUGGAGGACUCGAGGGCCCACAACUACGGGCUCCGCGGCGGCGACUGCCUCGCGCACCUGGACCUGGCGUUCAGGUUCUACUCGCUCACCGACGACGUGCACGGCGUGCUGGGGCAGACCUACCGGAGCAGCUACGUGAACCGGCUCGACGUGUCCGCGAGGAUGCCCGUCAUGGGAGGCGAGAGGGACUUCGCCGCGUCCGGCCUGUUCGCCACAGACUGCCCCGUCGCCCGGUUCGCGCGCGGCCGCAGUGUCGACGCGCUCGUCGUUGCCGCGGACGAGCUCACCGGCGUCGAGUGCUCCACCGGCCUCGGCGGCGUUGGAGUGGUGUGCAAGAAGUAAACGCGGACCCCGUGGCGCUCGUGCGCCGCAACAGAGAAAUAAUCGAUGUGCACGUACGCACAUGCAAAGAUCGUGAGUUCACUAGUUCAGUACAAUAAGCUACCCCAUGAAGGUAGCCGUGUGAAACCAUGGACCGUGCUGCUCUGCUCCUGUUACACGUGCGUGUAUCCUAUUCUAAUGAGUCGCUAAGACCACUCUGAUGCUUAAUUUGGAAAGAUUCUUAAUUUCUUAUGAUU